CCAACCAAGGGAUCGGCGCGCCACGCAUGAUAGCGCUAGCGAACGACACGACACAGCCACGGCACGACACGAUACUCACUCCCGAGAAGUCAGCGAUUUAGCGAACGAUUGCGCUGUUUAUACGCCAUUAUGGAUUCCUUGGCGAAUUACGCUAGCGACGGCGACAACAGUAACAAUUCGGACGACGUGAAGAUGCCAAAUCGGGGACAGGAAGAGGCAAAUAGGAGGGCUAGCGAUGCCAAUUACGACCCGGUACAAAUGGACAUGAGUGAGGAGAGCAACAACAACAAUUUAUCCAGAGAAUCUAGUAGCGAACGCGCAAACAGUCCUUCAGUGGCGCAGUCUACUUUUGGCUCGAGAACGGAAUCGUCUCGGGCCUUGUCUUCUCCUUCAGACCAGAGGCGAGCCGAUCAUGAAAAUCAUACGAGUUCAAAAGACGACUAUAGGCGAGGGGACCGCAGCGAUCGGAGUCGUCAUACAUCCGAUAAAAGUCGCCGUUAUGAUGAUCGAAGGCAACGUGACAGUAAUAGUAGUAGAGAUCGAAGUAGGGAUCGUAAAAGUCGAGAUGACGACAAACGUAAAACUUCCUCAUCCAAGGACGAGAAAAGUGACGAUCGAGAGAGAAGCGACAAGGAUCAUCAUUAUAGGGGGGACGAUCGAAGAGAUCGUAAUCGCGACAGGAAUGAAAGGGAUAGGCGUAGAGAUCGCAGCGACCGAGAACGGGAUCGGCGACACUCCAGGGACGAUCGAUCAAAGGAUAGACACCGAGACGAGCGUUCCAACUAUCACAAGGAAAAGGAUCGCACGCGAUCCAGGUCGCGAUCGAGGGAUCGCGCUCCACCGCCACCGUUCAGAAUGAUGAGUUACCGAGAGGAGAAGGGACGGAACAAACUGGCCCAAUUGGAGAAGCUGGGCAUAGAACUGAAACCGCUAGAAGGUGGCGGUGACCUGGUGACAUCCGGUAUGCAGAGCGAGCAGAAUUAUUAUAAUCCGUUGGCGACAGCGACGCAGGGCAAAUAUGCGGAACAAAUUCAGAAGAGGAAGUUAUUAUGGGCUAACAAGUCAAAACAAGAUGAUGGUAAAAGUGCAUCGAGCGCAGGUGCCACCGCCAAUACUUGGAUGGGCACAACCUUCACACACGAUCAGGAUGGGAAGGUGUCUGCCAAAUUCAAACGACUGAUGGGUAUUAAAGGUGAUUUACCUAGCGCACCUACGGUAGGAGCCAAACCGGAUAUUCUGAAGAAGCAGGAGGAAAUGUUCAAUAAUAUGGAGCAACAAUACGAAGUAGCACGAGCUACUACACAUACACAACGUGGCGUAGGGCUCGGUUACGCUACUGGUGGCUAUCAAUUUCCACGAUAAAGUGCACUGAAACUUUACAUCCUCAUUGUUUAAUUACAUUUAAUAUAGAUAGAAAGAUAUACGAAAUAUAGUUAUGUUCGACAGAUUUUACCAAAUCAAAUCUUUUUGAUUCCGAGUCUUUCCUUCAAGCCGUGGAUAGUAAGUUGCUCUAACUCGGCUUCAGAGUUCAUUAUGGACGAAUACAAUGAAAUUAUGUACUUGCGCGUUAUAACAUUGCAAAUAAAUUUAUUAAGAUUAUCUA